AAAAUGUACUGUACAACUACAGUGGAACCUGUAUGAAGCGGUUAACCAUGGGGUUGACCAGCCAAUGAUUUGUUAUCUCAUGAGCGUGUUAUUCGUGCGAAAAUUUGUUCUUACAACCCAAAGAAGAAAGAUAAUCUGCAAUACUUGGAGGACAUUUGAACUCAAAGAUUAAUUUCGGGAGGUAAACAUCGAAGGAAGGUUACUUGAGAGAUUAUUUAUCCUAUCUGAGGGGUUCUGCUUUUAGUGACCAUUAAAUACAGGUGAAAGGCAACCUCGACCGGCCGUUAGGAAACAGUCAAGGGUGAUCGCGACCACUUGAUAAAGUGACCGCUUGAAAUAAGCGUGGAAGCUAUAGUACUGAAGCGAAAAAAUCCCCAGGUUUUGGACAUCCCACCGCUUAAUAGAAGAUGACCACUCAAUGUGGUGCCGCAUAUGGGUUCGACUGUAUUUCUUUAUUAUCUUUUUUUGUCAGAAAAGGGAGACCGCUUUCUACAACGGAUGUGGAAAGCUAAAUUAAACACAGCACAGAUUUAAGUGAGGCUGAUGCUAAAAGACAGCUUGUUGCAAUAGGCUUCUUCUUUACCAUUAUGUUUCUAGCCAUAGCAGCAAAAACAGUAAAUGUAACCCUGGUCAUCACAAGUGAGAAGUGUACCGACGGAAAAUAUGAUACAAGCUCAAUGAAGGACGAGCUGAGUGACUUGAUGGACACCAUCUUCGAGAGCUCUGACUCUGACUACAACAACACAGAACUCAACGGCUACAGGUGCGGCAGUGUAAUAGUUGACAUGGCGUUGAAGUUUAAUUCAAUCACCAAAGAAAAAGAUGUGAUUACAAAAAUUCGCACAGCUGUAAAGAACGGGAUGACAGGCGGUUUUACAAUUGACGUCUCAUCCAUAACAAGAACUCCUCUCGAAGAAGCCACGAUAGUGGUACCCACGCCUCCCAGCUCACCUGAAGCAUCACAUGUAACAUAUUCGUGGUAUAUUGUCAGCAUUGAGUUCCUGUGGCUGAAUUUUACCGAUUUUAAGGGUAAGGGUAGCUGA